UUACUGGAUAUUCUAUAAUUCAUGUACUAUAGGAGGAAAAUCAAGUUCCAAAGUCUACCUAAGUCUAACCUUGUUCCUAAGUCUAACCUUGCAUGUCUUGGUCUUGAUUUGGUUAAUCCAAUAGUUAUUGAACAUGGUACAUUCUCUUGGUCAAAAGAUGAAUCUGCAAUACUGAAAGAGAUAAAUAUCAACAUUCCAGAAGGAUCUCUAGUAGCUGUAGUUGGGCAGGUUGGUUCCGGAAAAUCAUCUUUGCUCUCUGCCAUGUUGGGUGAUAUGGAUAAAUUAGAAGGAAGAGUUAAUAUAAAAGGAAAUAUUGCAUAUGUAGCACAGCAAGCAUGGAUUCAGAAUGCCACAUUGAGAGAUAAUAUACUAUUCCAUCAUGCUAUGAAUCAUGAGAAAUAUAAUCAAGUAANGAAGAUUGAAACUAUGAAUGAUCCCAAUCUGAUCCUGAAUUUGUUACUAAAUUUUUUUUGCUUCAUAAAUAUCAAACCAUACUUUGGACAUAAAUUAUUUAUUAAUAAAAACAGAUUGUUACACAAGGAUUUUUAA